AUGGGCAGAUUCAAGGGUCGAAGCACAGUAGCAUGUACGGUUUGUCACUCUCAGAAGCUGAAGUGCGACGGCGAACGAGCUCAUCCAUGUGGACGCUGCGCUCGUCGCCAACGAGACUGCGAAUACCCUGUGAAGACUACAUACGUGACCGUACCAGAAGCCUACCUUCGGGACCUUGAGAGAACAGCUGCAGCCUCUCGACCAUCAUCAUCCUUGACUCCCAGCUUCAAAGAUGAUGUACCAGAGUUUUCAGGACAAUCACAGAGCCCUUCAGAUCUAGGUACCUCAAGCAGCAGUAGAGUCGCAGCUCGAGCUAUUAUAUCCGAUGACUGCAGCGCAGAAAGUUUUGUCUAUGACCUCCGGCAGAUGGCGCUGCCUGAGAGUCCCGAUGGGCUUCAUCAGCAAGGCGGAUACUCAUAUGCGGUACUGAAAUCCGACUUGAUAGAUCCCAAAACGCAAUCGCAGGACAGGAGCUGGCUUUCAAGGGCGUCUCUUGUUUUUGCCCUGGCUACAACCUUCAUGCACGGAUCACAGCCAGCUGUAGAAACUGCGACUGAACAGUCUGAAACCCCGACACCUCCCGGAUCAGACUUGUUCGAACAAGCCGUCGCUUUGCUAAAUGUUUCAUCAGAGGAGCCUACAACAGAAGAUGUUGAGGCAUUAAAUCUCAUGGCCUUCUACUGCUACUCCUUGAAUCGCAGGAGAAUGGCCUACAAAUACGCGACUCAGAGCUUAGCAGUAGCCAAGCUCUUAUUUCUUGACAGGACUCCAAGUCUAUCGGCCUCUAGACGAGAGGUCAUACUCGAACAUCGAAAGCGCUUAUGGUGGACAUCCUUUUGCAUGGAGAGAAUGGUCGUGGCCGAGCUUGGGCUGGCCCCAGCGCACGCCGCGAAUAAGUUCGAUGUUGGACUGCCUUCUUCACGAGACAUACCCGAAUCAGAACUGGAUCAAUUUUUCGAUCCGAGUGUUCAGACAUUGCAGACACAAAUAUGCGAGAUCAAGUGUCAGAUAAUGGAAUCUGUCGGUCACUUACGACGGGUUUCAGAUCUGGAAACUAUGCUGUUCGAGCUCUGGCCGUGUUUCGAUACACUGCGGUCCUGGAAGGAAAGGGUACCUUCAUAUAUCUCAUUUGACUUCAAAGGUGGCGUACCAGAGGAUAUGAGCCAGCGAUCAUGCGCUCGCGGACUUGCAUCGCUAUACUUGAGAUAUCACCAGUGUUUUACGGUACUACUUCGACCAUUCUUCUCCAAGAAGCUUUCUCUUAGGUUGCAAGGAGUCGAUUCUGACAACCUCGAAUCGAAAUUAAAUGCAACAAUGCGCCAACGAAUUGAGCUACUGACCAAGGAAGGGCACGAUGCAGCAAGAAACAAUUGCAAGAUACUAAUGGACCUCUUCAAUCGUGGUAAAUACGCGCGAUUCGGUUAUUGGGACUCAGUGCACGCUUUCAGUAGCCUCUCCAUCAUCUCUAUUGCAAAGGCUGUCAUUCCCGAGCUUGCCGAAACCUCUGAGCUUAAUGACGAGCAUCUCUAUACCCAAUGUCGCCUCAUUUUGAAAGAAAUGGCCGAAGCGGGUAAUCCGGCUGCCAGAGAUCACAAUGCCUUGCUAGCCGACUUAGACAGCAUUGUCCAAAUGCUCACAACCAAUGAAGACGCCGGACUGAUUGAAAGACCAACAGAAUUUGAGGUUCCGUCAUUAGAAUUCUGCGAGGGCUUAUGGUCUGAUGUUGAUUGGGUAGAAUUUUUAAAUAACUGCUCUCAGUGGGCAUAA